UUCCACAGACAGCCCCCUGCCCAGCUCAUUUCAUUGGAGAUCUUAAUGGCAAAAUGUUCACGUGUUGCCUGCCAAGGUCCCGAGGCUGCAGGUGGAAGAAGGCGCGCCUUGAGGACGCUGUCCCCCGCUGGGGAUUUCAUGUCAGGACUCCCCACCGCCUCUGGCCAUUUGGUCGGAAGGACAGAAAGAAGGCCACGGAGGACACGGAGAGGCAGCUGGCGGACGUGCCCUCCUCCCUGACAGAGGGGGUGACCCCAAAGGCAUCCCAAGAAACAGGUGCUGGGGAUUGCGAGGCAAGACCUCCGACACCACGCGGACCACCGUCCCAGGUGGUCGUCCACUGGACAGUGGUCCAGGAGCCGGAGCCCAUGGAGGCCGAGGCCGAGGCUGCUCCACCACCUGAGGAGCCAGAGCCCGAUCUGGAGGGAGGGCUGGUGCCUGCAGUGACUUCAGGAGGAGACCAGGAGCCGGCAGGUGACCCGGCACCUGCCCACGGAGAGCCUGGCGCUGUCCAGGAAGAACUGGCCCCUGCUCCUGCCGCAGCCCCUGCCCCUGCCCCUGCUGCAGUUCCUGCCACUCCCCCUUCCCCCACCCCAGCCCCUGCCCCUGCCUCGGACCUAGAUCCUGACCUGGCUCCCGCCCCUUCCCUUACCCCUGCCUCUGCCCCUGCCCCAGCCCCUGCCCCUGCCUGUGCUCUUGUUCCUGCCCCUGCCCCUGUUCCUGCUCCUGCCCCUGCCAGAGCCACUGUCCCUGACCCAGAUCCUACCCUUGCUCCUGCCCCUGUCCGUACUCCUGCCAGAGCCACUGCCCCUUCCCCUGCCCCUGCCAGUGGUCCUGUUCCUCCCCCUGAGCCAGAUCCUGUCCCUGCUCCUGCCCUGGAUCCUGCACCUGCCACUACUGCUGACCCUGUCCCUCCCCUUGCCCCUGCCCCUGUCCCUGCCCCUAUCCUGAGCCCUGCCCCUACUCCUGCUCCUGCAGGGCUCCCACAGCCACAUCCAGAGCCCACAGCCCUGCAGGGAGAGCUCCUUGUACAAUCACCCUUAGUUCCAUCCCCGGAACCCGAGACCCCGCCCGAUUGUUUCAUCCCCUCCCCCUGUGUUCUUUCUCUCUGGUACAUAUUAACUGUUAUUUUAUCCUUCCAUGUCCUAUAUACUGUUUAUUAUUUGUUUUAAAUAAAAUUACUUGUUUUCAAUUGAACACGUCUUGAGCAUUAAGUACAUGCCCAACGCUGUGCCACCACACCCCAGAACAUUGCCGCAGAAUAUCUCAUUCCCCAAAGGAGUCCCCGAACCAGAAGCCCUCCCUGCCCAUUUCUCCUGCAGCCCAGACCCCGGUGACCCCUAAGCUGCUUUCUCUCUCUGUUCCUUUACCUAUUCCUGAUGUUUCUGUAAGUGGAAUCACACAAUAGGGGCCUUUGUGUCUGCCCCCCUAUUUUCAAAGGGGACUCGU